UAAUUUCAAUUCGAUUUUUAGUUUCGUUCGUAUUGAAUGCGUAAUGAAAUCGUGAUUAAGUAUUUUUUUACACACGCGCUUUAGGAAAAGAUUCGCGCUGUUGACCCGGCUUGUCAAAUAUUAUUAAACAUGAUGGACUACUGCCCUCCAAAUGUUACUUUGGGGGAAAUAUGGGUGGACCAUGGAAUUUCCCAAUGUUUUAUGGAAACUGCUUCUGCAGUGUUCAUUGGUGGAUUUCUACUUGUUUUCGGCUUAAUACAAAUCAUUAUGUAUAAAAGAUAUGCGACGGAGGUUAUGGACGUACGAUCCUCGCGACUAUUUUGUGUACAGAUACUUUUUACGCUAUUUGUGCCGGUGUUAGCGGUGGCGAGGUUCCUAUUACAAGCGUUCGUGUUCAAAGGAGGGCAGAUAUAUGGAUAUAUGAUUCUAGCAAUGGUAAUAACGAUAGUGAUGUUCCCACUAUCAGCAUACCUGGCUGUGUUGGAAAGGCGGUUCCUUUUGCCAUCCGUCCCGCCGCGGGGUCAUGGGUUUGUGCUUCUGGUCUUCUGGGCGCUGAUCUUUGUGUCUGAGAAUCUGUCCUUCCUCAAUUUGAAUAAGGAGGGGUGGUGGUGGCAUUUGAAAAAUCUGCAAGACCGUUUGGAGAUGUCUCUGUUCGUGGGCCGAUACGUGUCAUGCAUGAUCAUGUUUAUUCUUGGAAUGAAGGCGCCCGGUAUCAUGCACCAGUUUGAGCACCUGGCUGAAGACGACCAGCGAAGGCUCAUCCCGCCUAGGGUCGAGAACCAGUCCACAUUCCGCAAUGUAUUCAGCAAGCUUCGCACUCUCAUGCCGUACUUGUGGCCGAAGAAGAGUUGUCUGUUGCAAUUUAAUGUGCUCAUCUGCAUCCUUCUGCUCAUCUCUGGCCGUGUGAUCAAUCUAUUUGUGCCUAUUUACAGUAAAUAUAUAGUGGAUAGUAUAUCAAUACCGCCGAUUCUAUUCCGAUGGGACCUAGUGCUUAUCUACGUGUUCUUCAAGUUCCUGCAAGGCGGUGGCACGGGCGGUAUGGGCUUCAUCAAUAACCUCAGGACGUUCUUGUGGAUUCGGGUGCAACAGUACACCACUAGGGAGUUACAGUUGGAAUUAUUCAGGCAUCUUCACAGCCUACCUCUCCGCUGGCACUUAUCCCGAAAGACCGGCGAAGUACUGCGAGUCAUGGACCGAGGCACAGAUUCCAUAGACAAUCUUCUAUCCUACAUAUUGUUCCAAAUCACACCGACCAUUGUGGAUAUAGUCAUAGCUAUCGUGUAUUUUGUCACGAUAUUUAAUGCCUGGUUCGGACUUAUCGUGUUUGUGACGAUGGGGCUUUACAUAUUUGCAACAAUCUGGGUAACGGAAUGGCGGACAAAGUACCAACGUCGCAUGAAUCUCGCCGACAACGAACAAAAGGCCAAAUCGGUGGAUUCUCUACUCAAUUACGAAACUGUCAAGUACUAUGGCGCCGAGUCGUAUGAAGUUAUGAGCUAUCGGGACGCUAUUCUUAAUUAUCAGAAAGAAGAAUUCAGGAAUUUAUUGACAUUGAACAUCUUGAAUACGGUGCAAAAUAUCAUCAUUAGUGGAGGUCUGUUAACGGGGUCCCUGCUUUGUAUAUCCAUGGUGGUCAACACUAAAGUGCUGACGGUCGGUGACUACGUGCUCUUCGCUUCUUAUAUCAUUCAGCUGUAUAUACCGCUCAACUGGUUCGGGACUUAUUACAGAGCAAUCCAAAAGAACUUCGUCGACAUGGAGAACAUGUUCGACCUGCUUCGAGUGGAUUCAGACGUCGUGGACGCGCCCGGCGCUCCUGAGCUACUAGUUCGGCGGGGCGGCGUCGAGUUUAAACAUGUUUCGUUUGGAUACGGGCCCGAGAGGCUUGUGUUGAAGAAUGUUACGUUCAAGGUGGCUCCAGGAAGCACUGUGGCUUUGGUUGGCCCCAGCGGCGCCGGCAAAUCGACAGUGAUGCGCCUCCUGUUCCGUUUCUACGACGUGAACGAGGGCGCCGUGCUCGUGGACGGGCAGGACGUGCGAACGGUGACGCAGGCCUCGCUGCGCGCCAACAUCGGCGUGGUGCCGCAGGACACGGUGCUGUUCAACAACACGGUCCGGUACAACAUCCAGUACGGGAACCUGAAAGCUCCGUCGGCAGAUGUCAUCUCGGCAGCCAAGAACGCUGAUAUCCACGAUAGGAUACUCACGUUCCCAGAUGCAUAUGAUACGCAGGUUGGAGAGAGAGGUCUGAGACUAAGUGGAGGAGAAAAGCAGAGGAUAGCUAUAGCUAGAACAAUCCUGAAAGAUCCUGCAAUCGUCCUGCUAGACGAGGCCACGUCCGCACUGGAUACCAAUACUGAAAGGAAUAUUCAGGCGGCUCUAGCGCGUGUCUGCGCCAACAGAACGACGCUCAUCAUCGCCCACAGAUUAUCCACCAUCAUCCACGCGGACGAGAUCCUAGUCCUCAAGGAGGGAGAAAUCAUAGAGAGAGGAAACCACGAAGCCCUCUUAGCACAAGGCGGCGUCUACGCCUCCAUGUGGCAGGACCAGCUCGAGAACCGAAACACGAACGGCAACGGCGUCGAAGAAGAGAGCAAUAACAACGACCAGAGGCCGCAGCUCCCGCCAAAUGGCUUUGGACACGGCCAUGGACAUUUAUAGAUGAGUAACACUUGACUGAUCAAUGAUAGGUCUUAUGUCCAUGCAGUAAAGGUUAUAAAUGGUCAGUCAUUUGUGUCGAUGUAUGUUGAUGAAAAAGUGGAGCUAAUCUAUGAGAUGUAAAAAUAUCCUUAGUUUGUGUGAAAUUGUGUUCUCUCAUUUGUCAGUAAGCUAUCGAGCUUCUGUUUCUCUCGAAAAACGGGUUGCUUAUAAGUUGGUGAUAAAAUUUGUGCCGUCGUCGAUAACUUAAGGCUCCGUCACACAGGCGCGUUUUGCGGGCGGCGCGUGAGCAGGGCGCCCCGCUUUUACAUAUAAAACGCUCACGCCCCGCCGGGAAAACGCGCCUGUGUGACGGAACCUUUAGGUUUGUGAAUUGUGUUUCGAAAAAGUCGAAGGAUAUUUUUCAGCAUUGAUUAUGACCGAGUAGGUACCUAUAAUAAACAAUGUCAACAUUUUCUUAGUCAACUUUACAGAAGGGAAGGUUCUAGGCUCAGUGUUGGCCCAUAUGAUCAAAUACAGUAACAGUUUUUAUUUAAGAUUUAAAUUACCUAAAUUCGUAACGAACGAAAAUAAAAUGUAAUAAUACAUUUCUAAUAUUGGAGUUGCUUUAUCAGUAGAUAAGCAGGAAAAUUUUUAUUUUAUGAUAAUUUAAUUGCUAAAUGAUUUUAUUUCUCAAAACCAUACAUAUACUUUUAGGAUGUUAAUAGUAUACUUUAUUGGCAUGGUCCAACGCAAGUAAUAUUUGUAUAUUUGGUACGUUAGAGAUAAUACCUACAUACUAACAACAAUUACGCUAACAUUAUCGGGCGGUGGUGGUGAUAUUCUAUGCCAAUCAAUGAAGUUCCAUUAUCUUGCAAAUUAGCUCAAUUAGCUAAUAUGUAGGGAGAACUAUUUUCAGACUAGACUUCGUUGAUUGGUCUACACCAGCGCUGUAAAGUAUAAGUCAAGAAAUAAAAUUUAAGGAAUGUACUGAGUGAAUUUGGUCUUUUGUAUCGAGUUUCCAUAAUAGAUACAAGACGCGUUUCGUCAACUUGUGAUAGUUUAGUGUAAUAGACAAUUCUUAUGAUUCAAUUAUGACAAACAAGCCUGUUUUAAAAUCCCAUUCUCAUAUGAAAUUUUUGUUUUAACACAUUUAAAUUACAUUCUAGUUAAGUUAUUAUCGCUGUUAUAGUGCAAAAUCAUAAACAAUGUCUAAAGAGGAAUUCAGAUUUCGCGCUUCACGUUAGUACCUGGUGCCUGAUUUUUUACGGAUAAUAUAACAUUCAAUGGAUUUUGUUAAAAUAAUAUUUAUAUUUUAUUUUCUAUUUGGGACACAAACUAGGCUAUUAAAAAAAAAAAAAAAGAAAAUUUUCUAUUUACAUAGAACAACGAGACAUUAUACCCAUUGGAUUUACCAAAGACGAAUCGUCUCAAAUACUUAAAAUCAAUUUUUGUACAAUUUUUCAAAUGUGGUUAUGGUGGAUAUGUUCUAUACUGAGGUCAGUAUAAAACAUAUCUGUAUAGAAAGAUGCACACCUACCUACUUCUGUCCCUCGCUGGCCGAAUGUUCAUCAUGGAUCUUAUUAUAAUAUACAGUAAAUGGGAAGUGAGAUAAAUUGCUAAUAAUGUAGGUAUCGAAUAAUGUUUAUUGUGCCUAGUAUUAUUACCUACAAUUAAAAUGUUAUGCGAAAUUGUAAGUUCGGUGUGAUUAAAUGUUUUCUUUUGUUUUUAUUA